AUGACUACUAACGGUGGGAUGCUGAUCGAUCGCGAGGCAGACAACAACAAACAAGGAAUCACACAAGAAUAUCUCAACUUUCUAGAUGAUCAGGUAUGAAGUACUUUUUGCUUGUGAAACUUUUGCGAUAGGCUGAAUCGAAUCCAUACCGACAGAAGAUUGUCAAAAUGAUCACAGAGGGAGAAACUAGGCUGAUUGUCAAUCUUGACGAUAUUCGUAUGAAAGACCCCGUCAGAGCCGAUCGGUUCGUUUGUAAUAAGACCUUGGAAAAAGUAGGGGUUUUAGAAUCCUGAAGGACAGUGUCCAGGAGCUCAUUUGUCUGCAAACGGCUCUCACGGAAGCCGUAGUCCGAGUCGAUAAUGAAAGUGUAGCCAAGACGUACGAAUUCGGAACCUUCCUUUUAAUAUCUCUUUUUGAUUUAGAGGCUAUCACAUAGGUUUUGAAGGGACAUUCGGAGAACGGCAUGUUAAUCCGCGGUCUCUCAAAUCUACGUAUUUAGGCAGUAUGGUUUGUUGCGAGGGAAUCGUUACUAAAUGUGACUUCGUGUUUUUGUGUUUCAAGUAAAUUUCCUCGUUUCUAGGCUCGUCUAUCAAGCAGAAACUAAUGACAAGCGUUCAUUAUUGUCCGGCGACCAAGAAAUUUCUGGAAAAAAAGUUUGCUGAUUUUACAAUGCUGGACGCGGCGGUUACCAACAACGCCUAUCCUACUGAGGUGAAUUUUUAGUUUUGUUUGUAUUUAAUUCUUGUGUUCAAGGACGAGAACAAGAAUCCGCUAGAAACGGAGUUUGGACAAUGUGUUUACAAGGAUCAUCAGACUUUCUCCAUCCAGGUAAGUGUUGAAUUUCUGGGAAGCAACACAAAUUAAAAGAAAUGAAAAUUGAGAGAAAGUCGUUCAUAGCGUGUUUACAGCAGGCUAUCACGGUUUACUUUUUUGGGAAAAAGUUUGUGAUUGAGGAAAUGCCGGAGUGUGCUCCAGCAGGACAGUUGCCGCGAUCGGUGGACUGCGUGGCGGACCUCGAUCUCGCGGAUCGCGUCAAGCCGGGCGACCGCGUCCGCGUCAUCGGCAUCUUCCGCGUUCUGCCCAACAAGCAGAACGGCGUCUCUUCAGGAUCUUUCCGGUCUGUUUCUUCGCUUAUUUACAAAUUUGGACGCGUUUUCGUUUUAUGAAAACGACGCCCGGUGGUCCUUUGUCAAAAACUUUUAACACGGGAAGUGUAGUAGGUCGAGGUAUUGGAAUUAGAUGAGACUUGGUAUAUAGGUACUUUUCGACACUCUGAAUUCAAAGAAGUUGAAAAAAGUGCACUUUUUUAGUUCUAGUCGAGUUAUGGCGCCACUUUACACGCGAAAAAUGGGUUGGAUGGAAUGAGGGAAUGUGUUGCAGUGGCUGCCUUUAACUGCCAGCAGGCGGCUUGCUUUAGUGGCUAGCGACCUUGUGUUGUUGAACGUAUGAUGCAAGUUCGAAUCUCUUUUUCUCCAAGAAAAACAUUUGCAAAAAGAAAUUCCCCCUAAAACGCAGCCACUGCAACACAUUCCCUCAUUCCAUCCAAUGCAUUAUUCGCGUGCAAAAUUUGUGGCGCCAUAACUCGGCUAGAAACAAAAAGGCACUUGUUUCAAAUUCUUUGGAUUCAGGGUGUCUGAAAGUACCUAUAUACCAAGUUUCAUCAAAUUUCAAUACCUCGACCUUUAGCACUUCCUAUUUAAGGCAAACGUUCACAAACUACUAUUCUUAAGAAAUCUCUGAUUCUUCUGUGGCUUUUUUGAAUUUUGCUCAUUUCUGAGUGUUUGCAGAUCUAUCGUCAUUUGCAACAACAUCCACCUUCUUUCCAAGGAGAUCAUCCCCAACUUUGAGCCGCAGGACGUGAAAGAUGUUCGAAAGAUCAGCCGAAGCAAAAACGUAAGACUCUCGGAUUUUCGCCUCAUUUCUUCGUUCUUUAGCCAUUUGAACUUCUUUCGCGCUCUCUGGCGCCGUCGAUUUUCGGCCACGAGGAGGUUAAGAAGGCUUUGUUGUGUCUUCUUCUCGGAGGCAUGGAGAAGAUUCUGGACAACGGCAGUCGACUUCGAGGCGACAUCAAUGUCCUGCUCAUCGGAGAUCCUUCAGUCGCCAAAUCGCAGCUUCUCAGGUAUCAUAUUCAGUUUUUUUCUGUUCGAAAAGGCUGCAUAGUUCUCAUUCUUUCAAUGGUUUCGCCACUAAAAAAUGGAAAUGUUAAGCAUCAAAUGAUAAUACUACAGAAUUUUGAAAAAUGUUCAUCUUUACGUUUCGAAGGCUUCUUAUUAUCUUCAUCGCGUCAAAGAGUCGUUGUGACGCAAGGCGUAAAGCUUUCAUGAUUUCCUGGUGUCUCAACGGGUGUGCUCCAAACAAACUCAUUUAUUUUGAGCCUAUGGAAUCUCAGUUUUGCUAAAACGGGGAAACAACAUGUACAACAAGAAAUAGGUGAUCCAGCUGUGUUCAGAUCGAAAAUUUGAGGCGCAACUUUGCCAAAAGGAUGCGUCAUCUGUAGUGAAAAAUAUUGUCAAAAGUUCUACCAUCUGUGCUUUUGGGGGUUUGAUAAGGGGGAACGACUGGUAAACCCUCAUCGGUAUGCGCGCAUAUAGUAAGUUUUAGAACAUGGAAAAAGAAGAGACGGUUCUUCUGAUGUUUCCACUCUAGCCUUGUUCUCUAACCUGAUGUAUGCGCGUUCACAAUCCGUUUCUGCCCUGUGCAUACACUUAACAUCGGUAGCUCUUUCUGAAUAUUUUUUUUCUCGAGGUAGUCUUAGGUUAUAUGGUGAAGAGCAUUGGAUGAAAUGGGCGAAACAGAAGUUCUCAAGAAAAAUAACAUUCAGAUACGUUUUGCGGAUGGCGCCACGAGCGAUCACUACGACUGGUCGCGGAUCUUCAGGCGUAGGCUUGACGGCGGCCGUGACGACUGACCCUGAGAGCGGCGAACGACGUCUCGAGGCCGGAGCCAUGGUGCUCGCCGACCGUGGCGUCGUCUGCAUCGACGAGUUCGACAAGGUCCGAGACGAAGAGUCGCUUCUGUGAUGACUAGGCCUUCAGAUGUCGGACAUCGACCGUACCGCCAUCCACGAAGUCAUGGAGCAGGGCCGCGUCACCAUCUCGAAGGCCGGGAUCCACGCGAGGCUCAACGCUCGUUGCUCUGUUCUCGCGGCUGCGAAUCCUGUCUACGGAAGGUUCCUCGAUCGCUUCGUUCACCGAAACUAAGUCGCGUUUGGACUCUAGGUACGACCCUUUCAAGUCGCCCAUGGACAACAUCGGCAUGCAGGAUUCCCUUCUGUCUCGUUUCGAUCUCAUUUUCGUUCUUCUUGACGAGGUUUUUUUUUUCAUAUAUUUCUUCUAAGGGCUUUAAAACAAGAUAAAUCUUACGUUGAAUACAGCACGAUAUCCAAUAUAAGGCUAUCGGACGUCUCGAUUUUCCUGUUUCGAAACUUUUUAUGUCAAAAUUUCGAAAACUUUCAGUAAAGUGAGUGAAAAAAAUUUUUUUGUCAAAAAUAAGGCGUUUUUCAAAUAUAGGAAAGAAUUUCUGAAUCGAUCGAAUCAAUUUCCAAAAAGAAGAUGUGUGAUGAGGUUGACAUGUGAUACAGCACGACGCGGAGCGAGACGGCGAAGUGGCGAGCCACGUCCUUUCUCUACAGACUUUCCGGACGCCCGGAGAGGCCGACGGAACGGUUUUGCCGAUGGGAAGCGGUGUCGAAACGGUGAGCACCUUCAACCUGGAGGCGAAGAAAACCCGUCGCAUCUACGAGGAGAACACGUCGUGGGCGGGCGAUGAGACGUUUGUUCUGGCUUCAGUUCUUUUUUCGAAAUCUUGGCUUUUAAGACGCGAAAUCCUGACUAUUGACUUCAUGCGUAAAUACAUCCAUCUCGCCAAGAACAUCACGCCCAAGUUGACCGACGAGGCUUCAGAAUUCAUUUCCGAAGUUUACGCCGAAAUCAGAUCUUUCGACGUUUCAAAGACUGAUCAAGAACGAGUAUGUUCUUUUUUUUUUAUGUAGAUCGACCUAUAUUUUAAUGCAAUAAUCAUCAUUAACUUUUUGAAAUUGAAAAAAACUCAAUUUUUGCCGGAAUGUUGUUGUGAUAAGCCUGAAGACUGUUCAAAACACUUUCAAAAAAGUUCCCAUUGAUCACAAUAAGAUGUCAAGGCCAGGCCGUUAUGAAGGAUGUUUGUGGACUGGGAGAGGAGCCAAUUGUUUUCAGACUAUGCCGGUGACCGCAAGACAGUUGGAAACUCUGAUCCGCAUCUCAACGGCAAUCGCGAAGGUUCGGUUCUCGAAGACUGUGAGUAGAGAAGACGCCGAGAAGGCCUACAACCUUCUGCAUUACGCCUGCUUCAAAGAGAAGCCCAAGGCCCGAAUGGACUACGAGAAAAAGAAAACUGGGUAUCAAAGCGACCACGAGCUCAGCGACAACGAGGUACAUCCAAUCCUGAAUCAGACUCGAAGUCGGAGAUUUAGGAGGAGAUGAGCCAGGAGUCGACAGUCACUGAAGACAGCAGCCAGAACUCCCAGAGGCGUCGCGGCGUCCGCAGGUGCCUUCUUCUUUCGGGUUUUAAAGUUGAUCAGAUAGGAUUUUGUAAAAGUUCUGAAGGCUCGAGAGUAGUCAUUUCGGAAAUUUUUAAGAUUGAAGCUUUUUUAUAUCAUUUUAAAGGUGAACAUUAGAAACAAUCUUUUUUUUAAUUUUCUUAAAAAAAUCUAAUUUCACCGUAUUUAAGUUGAAUCUCAAUAAAAAUAAGAGAAAUUUCAACGACAGCUUUUAUUUUUUUGUCCGACAAAAAAACUUAUUUUUUUGAUAAUUUGGACUGCUUCGACCAUUUGGGGACCUUAACCCUGCACUUUUUUUCGAAAUCAAAAAAAAAAAUGUAUUCUGAAUUUUCCUAGGUCGAUGCUUUUUAUAGAAAUUUUUCUGAAAAGCUGCCAGAUAAAAAGCUAAUCUCAUGUUUUCGGAGCCCAGCUAAAAGCUGAAAUAAAUGAAUUCAAGGAGAGCAGCGGAUGAAACGAUGGAGUCGACGGGAGAGCCGAUGGAUGAGUCCGAGGCUGGUCCUUCGCAACCUGCCGCCAAACGACAACGGACCGGUCCUGCGGCCAUCGGCGUCGACAGGUUCGUCGAUUGUUUACUUUGUACCCACUAGAGUCCUCUCAGGUACAAGCAACUGAGAAAGUACGUCCGAAAGGCGUUCGAUGACUUGGGCGCUACAGACCAGAUGGUUGACUUGGCCACUAUCACAGAGAGUACGUUUUUCUAUCCUAUAGUCGGAAAUGUAGCUUUUUUUCAUUCAUUAGCUACUUUGCAGGUAUCCAGAAUCAAGCCGGCGAGGAUGCCUUCACGGAAGAAGAACUCGUGGCUGGCUACGAGCAGCUCGAGAACGACAACGCCGCCAUGGUCAGCGACGACAAAAUCACUCUCAUUUGA